UCUGUACCAACUGUGUAGAAAGCUCAUGGCCGCUCGGAUAGAGUGUGAUAUUGGAAACCAUGAUUACUUUAUUCCUAUAAAUGAACAAGUCGCCCUGAUCAACGAGCAGUCAGUUACUGCAUUGUUAGACGAUAGUGAUAAAGAUAUUGCAAGGAGAAUCUGUGAGGGAAGCCGAACUCUUUUCGCAACGCUUUUGUUAAUACGCCGCCCUUCGGACAUCCUGAACUUCCUAGAGGAAGGGGUCUAUGACAAGCACUUGCCUUUCACACGGAUCAAGAAUAACCUGGAAUUUGAACUCAAUCUUCAGUCUGGAAAGCCUGCACAGAGUACCCAGGGCUGGGAUUGGUCCGAUCGAGAGUAUUUUGAACGAUAUCAGUGGUGGAUGCUGGCGCCUGUAUUCGAGGAUCUGGAGCACUAUGACCUUUAUGAAAAAGUGUUACUACCAUUUACCUCACUCGGGGAUGCUAGGAUCAAGAUUCGGGGAGGCGGCUGGAGUGAAGUUUAUCAAGCGCGGGUUCAUCCAGCGCAUCACAAAUGGUCAGCAGUCAACAACUUAGAGUCCAGUGGGCCUCUGGUCGCCGUCAAACGUUUGUAUGAGUCUAGUGAAGAGGAGUUCAAGAAGGAGCAGAGCAUUUUAAGGAGGCUGGGGGCUAAAAAUCAUCCCCAUCUGAUCAAGCUCUUGUCCACAUUUCGUCAAGGAGGUAAAUGGAAUUUGAUAUUUCCAUUUGCUGAUUGCAAUUUGAGAACAUACUGGGAUAGCCACCCGAUUCCUGCCUUUGAAGUCGAGACAAUUAAAUGGACACUGGACCAAAUCAUCGGUCUUGCAUCAGCCAUAUAUCAUAUUCAUGACUUUCGGCUGGAGUACCGGCAGAAAGAUGUUUCUGUAGCAGGACUAACUCUGCGAGUACAGGAACAGGAGAGAGUUUAUGGCCGUCACGGCGACCUCAAACCUGAAAAUAUUCUUUGGUUUAAGGAAUCCCCCAAUAUCAAUGCAAGAGGCAUACUUCAGAUUACAGACUUUGGAUUGGGACGAUUCCACGGUCGAGUUUCACGGUCAAACGUCAAUCCCAGCUCCGUCUAUGCAUCACCUACCUAUGAAGCUCCAGAAUUGAAACUCUCAAGGCCUGUAUCCCGGGCGUAUGACAUGUGGAGUCUUGGUUGCGUGUUUCUUGAGUUUCUGACGUGGCUGCUCAUGGGGGCUAAGGCGAUAGAAGAUUUUGCGGAUUGCCGUGGAGAGCCCUCGAAUAUCAGCGACGACGGCUCCAUUACCUUCAGCGAUGAUAACUUCUUUACUAUCACUGAUCAAGGACAAGGAGGGAAAGUGAGAGCAGGGGUCAUCACCUGGGUGGAAUCCUUGCACGCCCACGAAAACUGCUCGGGAUUGAUCCAUGAAUUACUUGACUGUGUUAUGGAUGGCCUUAUUGUCAUCGAUGCAAGCCGGCGGUUCAAAGCUGGCCAGCUGGUGAGAAAUCUCAAAAGCCUCAAGCAAAAAGCCGACUCAAACGAGGAUUUCAUGAUGCGGCCGGCACCUUAUCAGGUAGAGCCUCCAUCGCCCCCAGACUCUCCAGGAUCCAGGCCGCAAUUUCUGCUCGCCCAGUACUACUGAUUUCUGUUUCCCGUUGUUCGGUGCCUCUUCCUAGGUGGAAAGGAAACCUUUUUUUGCCUUCCUCUUGUCUAUCUCCUUGUUUUCCUUCACUCUCAUUACUCCUGUCUGAAGAUCGUGUUCAACCUUCUUCUCUUCUCGGGUCAUGUUUAAACUG